UUAGAUGCAUUCAUGGCAGCUCUGCAAUCAGUUGAUCUGGCUGUCUGUCCUUGUGCACCUGCAGCCCUCCAACUCCUUUGGAUGGGUUACUUCCCCUGUGCCCCACUGGGGCCAACACUUGCUGUUAGCCUACAGCUUCUCAGCUUUGUCCAACAACUCUUCAUG